AUGACGCAUUUACAUGAUAUGUCAACAUGCAACUAUGACACGCCUCCUAAUGCCGGCAUUGACCUGUGUUCUCGUAUUUUUCCAAACACAUCGAGCGGCAACACAGAGAGGGUCAAACCUAUCAACGUGCGUUCCGAUCUGGUCGGAGCUUCGUCCUCCACCAGGCCCAGAAGACACACCCUGGGUGACAGUGGCAGUGGCAAGGAGAUCUCCAAUGCUGAGUUCUUCAUCAUGGCGGAAGAAGAAGAGACAGCCUCCAAUCCUGACGUCGACGGGCUCUCCGAAUGCGUUAUCUGCUUCAAUCCGUACGACACUCUCUUCCACCUUCCCAAGAUCCUCUCCUGCGGCCACGUCUUCUGCCUAGAAUGCCUCUCGCGGAUCACGGUGGGAUCUACGGAACCACAAUCCCUUCCCUGCCCAGUAUGUCGGGUGACCACGCCGGUUCCGCCAAAGAAAGGCCCGCCUGCGCUGUCUACAGAUAGAAGCUUAUUGAGCAGGCUGAACAAAUCGCUCACCUGCCCCACGCCUUCGCUCAGGUUCAACCGCAAGCGCGGCCUUUUGUACGUGCCACAGACUAACACCAUAAACAUCAGCUCGGUGAGCCUCAGCGUGGACCUAGGGCGACCGCCACCGGACCCUCACUCGCCUCGAAAUUGGUGUCUGCUCUUAAGGUCGGGAGGCUGCGUCUUCUACGGCUCGAUCGUUUUGAUCGUUAUUCUUACCGUGGCACUCAUUCUGGCUGGAGUCUACAUCUUCUACUUACUUCCUUGGCGUUACAGUCCCGGGGGGGGGCCUGGCACGGGCAAUAGUACAUUCACACCGAAUACUACCAUCUCAGAAGGUCCUCAUAAUCCUUGAGCCUUUGAAAACAUUUUGUAUCAAUCAACAGCAAAAAUUCAAA